GACCUUGAGUUUGCGAGGCAUUUUGUUAUCUGUCAUUCGAAUGAGUUCCAAAAGGAGUUCGAAUGUUUCACACAAAAAAACUGCGGAAAAAAAGCCGCGCAGCCAUUCUUUUGAAGAUAAGAGACACGAGUCUCCCAAAACUCAAAACUCAGACUGGUGUACUAGAUAUCCUGGUUCUUCACCUGACCUGGCAAACCCUCUGUCAUCCAAAUGGAAUUUUAAGAUAGUAUCUUGGAAUGUCAAUGGCAUACGGGCUGUCAUUAAAAAUAAUGGCAUGGAGUAUAUCAAAAAAGAAAAUGCAGAUAUAUUUUGCAUACAAGAGACUAAGUGCCCUUUGCACAAAAUUCCGUCUGAAGCCAAAGUUCAGUCAUACCAAUCAUUUUGGUCGUCUGCCGACAGGGCCGGAUAUGCGGGAACAGCUUUAUUUUCGAAAAUCUCUCCGAUAAAAGUGACGUAUGGUAUAGGUAAGAAAAUGCAUGACGAGGAGGGGCGUGUUAUUACUGCGGAAUACGAAAAAUUCUAUCUAGUUACUGCUUAUGUGCCAAACUCAGGACAGGGGUUGGUUCGUCUACCAUAUCGUGAAAAGGAAUGGGAUCCCGAUUUCCUUGAAUACCUGCGCAAACUUGAUUCUACAAAACCUGUCGUCGUGUGUGGUGAUCUUAACGUAGCUCACGAGGAGAUCGAUCUAGCUCGACCAGAAACAAAUCAUAAAACCGCUGGAUUUACUGAUCAGGAGCGAUCAGGUUUCACAAAAUUGUUAUCGUCAGCCAAUUUAAUUGAUACCUAUCGUCAUUUUUACCCAGACCGUCGAGGGGUGUAUUCAUUUUGGAGCUAUCGAACAGGAGCGCGCUUAAUCAAUAAUGGAUGGCGUUUGGAUUAUUUCUUGGUAUCUGAACGAAUUUUAGCAAACGUCAGCGAUCAGGAAAUACGUUGUGGAGUUACUGGAAGUGAUCACUGUCCAAUUGUUCUGUAUCUUCAAAUCUAAAACUCCUUUUGAAAACAUCUAUUCAAACAGAUUACUAUCAACAGUAUUUAUAAAUACCAGAAUAAAUGUAUUUUAUAAUUGA